AUGUUCUUCGAAAGUUUCCUAUUGAACUUGUCCGUACUCGUCGUGUUGAUAGUCGCCUUGGUAUUCGACUACGUCACCAAGUUCUUCAGCUACUGGUACGUUAGGCACGUGUCCUACAAGACGCCGAUCCCGUUUUUCGGCAGCGACUACCACAGGGUGUUGGGAUUGACCAACAGCACUGAUGAAGUUGUCAAACUGUACAACGAACAUCCCGGAGACAAAUUCGUCGGUCGCCUCAAAAACAGGAUCCCGGAUCUGAUCGUGAAAGAUCCGGACGCGAUAAAGAGGAUGUUAUCGACGGAUUUUGCGUAUUUCCACAGCCGAGGUCUCGGUUUAGACAAAUCUCGGGACGUUUGUAUACGAAACAAUUUGUUUUACGCUGACGGUGAGAAAUGGACUCUGCUGCGACAGGGAUUGGAGGCAGUUUUGAAUGGCUUGUGUCGCGAAUUUGACAUACAUGCAUGUUUGUCUGUAGCAAACGGAGACACAAACGUUCAACAGUUAUUAUCUGUUGUACUGGAUAGUGUUUUCGACAAUUUACUUCUCGGCGACGAAGGAACAUCGAUAAAAGAACUGAGGACUACUCUACAGAAACGGUCGAUGAUCGUGAAACUUAAAAGCUAUUUGAAGAAUAUUUUUCCGUCAAUAUACGUGACGUUCGGAUUAUCGACGCUUCCGAAUAACGUGUUGAAAAAUACACGUAAAUAUAUGGAGAGUUCGAAGCUGCAGAGGCUGAUUGAUGACUCUGGUUAUAUGCAUCAAGUCAGUUUGAAAGAUAAACACGUGUACGCUUCUGAGAACGAAUUUGCGAGUUCGACCUUAGCAUUGUUUGUCACAGAAGGCUAUAUUCCUUGUUUGUAUACAUUGACGGCUUUAUUUUACGAAUUAGCCGUAAAUCCUCAAAUACAAGAAAAGGCCAGAAACUCUAUCGAAAAGGAUAAAGGGGUAAACUAUUUGGAUGCGAUCAUCAAAGAGACUAUGAGAUUACAUCCGUCUCAUUCGAUCAUUUCAAGACAAUGCGUCAAGAUGUAUCAAUAUCCUGAAAGUAACCUAACUAUUGAUAGAAACGUCACAAUUAAUGUGCCAGUGGAGGCGAUACACAAAGAUAAGGAGCAUUAUGAAAACCCUGAAGUCUUCAAUCCGGAGAGGUUUUUGGAUGACCAGGGCCCUACAAAACAUAGCUACAGCUAUUUACCAUUCGGCGCUGGUCCGAGAAAAUGCAUCGGCGAACAAUUGUCUUUGCGAAUUAUUAAAGGCGUUACUAAAAUGAUUCUGAACAAAUACGAAUUACAAACUUGCAGUAAAACACCAUCUAAGUUAGCCGUGGUGGAUCAUGAUUUCGGGAGGGUCAUCGAUAAAGAAUUAUGGCUGAAUUUUAAGCUCAGAGAAUUUUAAAAUAGCGCCAUCUAGUAGUACUCAAACGCAACAGUUAGAACUACAUUAAUGUAACUGGAAGAACCUGAAUUGGUUGUGAAUCCAUUUAUUUGUUUUCAUUAGUUUAAUAUUAUUUAUUAAUUUAAUUUACUAAUAAUUUAAAAUGGUGCUCUCGAAAAUCCAAUCACUGAUGAG